UCUCCACUCCUCGCCAUGUCGGUCGAGAUCCGCGAAGAGGGCAGCGGCGCCGGCACGAGCGGCGGCGCGGCGAAGGCGAUGUCGCUGUCGCUGAGCGGGAAGCGGGGCCGGUACGUGCGGCAGGUCACGGGCCGCCACAACGACACGGACCUGCACGUGGCGGCGCGGGCGGGGGACGCCGCGGCGCUGCGCCGCGCGCUGGACGAGGCGGCGGUUGUCGUGGCCGCGGGGGAGGGGGGCGAGGAGCUGGAGGCCGUGCGCCGGGCGGUCGCCGCGGAGGCCAACGAGGCCGGGGAGACGCCGCUGCUCGCCGCGGCCGAGCGGGGCCACCUCGGGGCGGUGGUGGAGCUGCUCCGCCACCUCGACGCUGAGGCCGUGGCGGCCAAGAACAGGUCCGGGUACGACGCGCUGCACGUCGCCGCCAGAGAAGGGCACCAUGCUGUUGUGCAGGAAUUGUUACGUUACAAUAGGAUGUUUGCCAAAACAUUUGGCCCCGCAAAUACUACCCCUCUUAUAUCAGCAGCUACGAGGGGACAUGCUGAAGUUGUCAAAUUGUUAUUAGAACAAGAUGAUUUUGGAUUGGGGGAAAUGGCCAAAGACAAUGGCAAAAAUGCUUUACAUUUUGCUGCUCGGCAGGGACAUACAGAAAUUGUUAAUGCAUUACUUGAGAAAGAUCCACAGCUAGCAAGGCGAAACGACAAGAAGGGUCAAACAGCACUGCAUAUGGCUGUAAAAGGAACUAACUGUGAUGUUCUUAGAGCACUCGUCGAUGCUGAUCCGGCAAUUGUAAUGCUGCCAGAUAAAAACGGAAACACUGCCUUGCAUGUAGCAACAAGGAAAAAACGAGCAGAGAUUGUUAUUGUUCUUUUGCGGCUACCAGAUAUCCAUGUCAAUGCACUGAACAGAGAUCACAAGACUGCUUAUGAUAUAGCUGAAGGGUUGCCACAGUGUGAGGAGUCUUCUGAAAUUAAGGAUAUUUUGUCUCAACAUGGUGCACUUAGAUCUAGGGAGUUGAAUCAGCCCCGAGAUGAACUCCGGAAGACAGUGACAGAGAUAAAGAAAGAUGUCCACACACAGCUUGAACAGACAAGGAAAACAAACAAAAAUGUGCAUGGCAUUGCUAAGGAACUCAGAAAGUUGCACAGAGAAGGCAUCAAUAAUGCAACAAAUUCUGUAACUGUUGUUGCUGUGCUCUUUGCUACGGUUGCUUUUGCAGCUAUAUUUACCGUACCUGGUGGAAAUGAUAACAGUGGAGUUGCGGUUGUUGUCCAGGCUGCCUCCUUCAGGAUAUUUUUCAUCUUCAAUGCCAUAGCUCUUUUCACAUCAUUGGCGGUGGUCGUGGUUCAAAUAACAGUUGUCAGAGGAGAAACCAAGUCUGAGCGAAAGGUUGUUGAGGUGAUCAACAAGCUUAUGUGGCUGGCAUCAGUUUGCACUACCAUUUCUUUCAUUGCCUCAUGCUAUAUUGUGCUAGGGCGCCACUUCCGAUGGGCAGCGAUACUGGUUAGUUUGAUAGGUGGUGUUACGAUGACUGGUGUUCUUGGUACGAUGACAUACUAUGUGGUGAAAUCAAAGCGCAUAAGGAAGAUUAGAAAAAAAGAGAAGAUGUCAAGAAGAAGCGGCUCAAGCUCCUGGAUUGACAAUACUGAAAUCUCAGAGACUGAGCUUAAUCAAGUUUAUGCCUUGUAAAGAGACGGGUGUUUGAACUCAGCCUUGUCUCUAGAAUUGAGAAUGUACAUGCUUAAUCAAGUGUAUGCCUUGUAAAGAGACAGGGUGUUUGAACUCAGCUUGGUAUCGGGAAUCGAAAAUGUACAUGAAAAUUCCAGAUGCAAACAUUAACAAAUUACAUUAACUCA